UAUAUAUAAUAUAGUAUUGUCUUUUCGAGAGUGCAGUUAGUGAUAAUUAAGAAGAGAAGAAAAAGAAUGUCGAGAGAGAAAGAAGGAGAAAUGGAGAAGGAGAGUAUUCCUCAUAUAUUUCAUCAACACCCGCUGAGUUUGAUCCCCAACCGGGCCGCGGAAACUGAUAAUUCUUGGAGCACUUGGUGUUAUGGUUGUUGGAGAUACUUUUUACCAGGAGAGGCAGCCUAUGGAUGCAGCCAAAAAUGUGGAAUGAAUUGGCUAUUACACAAAGAAUGCAUGGAGAUGCCGAGAGAGAUCCGCCAUCCUCUCCACCCUUCACACUCACUCACACUACAAGAUUCUUCAUAUGCCGCUACCAGAUCAUGUGCAGUUUGUGAGUUUGUAGCGUAUGGGUUGUUGUACAAAUGUAGUGGGGGGUGUGAGUGGUGGAUCCACUUCGGAUGCACAGGGGAUUUUGAAGCGGCAGUAGUUGAUGAUUCAACAAUGAAGCACCCAAGCCACCCUCAACAUCAACUCAUCAAGAAAACAAGAUGGUGCUCCUUCCCUUGCGAUGCCUGUGGUGCCACUCACAAAGGGAAGUCCUACAUCUGCACCCUUUGCGACUACUGGCUACACGAGACCUGCGCACUCUUGCCUGUGUCUGCGCCCUUCCCUCAUCAUCGCCCCGACCACUAUCUCUCACUUGCUUUUAAUCUGCCAUAUGAGUACAUCAAAUAUGAAUUUGUGUGUGCUAUAUGCAGCGAAACUUUGCCAAUGAGACGUUGGGUCUAUCAUUGCCAGCUUUGCAGAUAUGUGGUCCAUAUCAACUGCGCCACCAAUACAUCCUCCCUCUCACUUUCGAAUUCAUCUAAUAAUGAAAAUGCAAUUGAUGAUGCGAAAGACAUUACCAAGGGUCCAAUAGAUGACAUAUAUGAGGAGAUUAUCAGACCAUUCGUUAAAAGAGAGAGGACAAAUUUCCAUCACUCAUGAUCAUGACAAUCAGAAGACCUAUGAGAAGUACAGGUUCCCCAAUCACCC